AGUGGCGCGAUCUCCCAACGGAGCGCUCAAUUGCGGGCCCGCUUCAAGUGAAUACGUGUACAAUAUUCCGCUGUUUUAUCGCGCAAAGUCCAUUCGCCGUUGCCGUCAUCACCUGGUCCUCCGUGCCGUUCGUCCCGACGGUGACACGUGAGCCGCGUGUUCCCGUUUAGAAAAUCCGUCCCGGAUCGACGAUGGGACGCGGACGUCGCGCGCGCGAUUCCGGCCAGUGCUGAUCCCGGAUUAUCAGAACCCCGGAAUACAAGAUCCCGCAGAAUCCGCCGUUUCUCGACGAAGACGUUCGAGGAAGUCACCUUGAUACGCGAGACUAGUGAAUGGUGAGAAAUCUGCCGCGUCAUGCCUUCCAGAAGGAACAAAGGCGGCCUUCUGGCCAGGGUGAAUUUCCCCCUUUACACCCUGCAGAUGCUUACCAGCAGGCACAUCCUGGUGGGUGGUGGAGGCGGCUCCUCUAAAACUGGCGUUGCCAAUGGAUUUGAAAUUUUUGAAUUAUCACAUAAUGGAGUGCACUUUAUUGCUGAAGAGGUUACUAGACAUGAAACGGGUCCUAGUGUGGUUAUGAACUGCGCCUCGCACAACAAUGGCAAGAAGACAUGGAUAGUUGCUGGUCAGGAGAGUCAUUGUCAACUGUAUAAUGUAAACCCCAAAGUAGUGACUUUGGAAAAUGGAGAAUUGAUUAAAGGGUCGACUGCAAAUACAACUAAUAAAGAUGGCCUUAGGCAUAGGAGGAACAGUGAAAAAGUAGAGGAACCGCAAUCGCCAAAAGAGAGGAUAGAGGAAAUCAAAGAUGACAAUUCUAACGUCAAGAGCAAGAAAUUGCAGUUGAUUCUUAAACCUGCCGAUAGUGUGCAAACAGCUUUCGGAAAUGGUGAGCCUUUACAAAGAGUUGUCAGGGUUAGCUUACAAGGGACGAUCAUGGCUACUGGUGGCACGGAUGGUAGAGUCAGAUUGUGGAAGUUUCCGCAACUACAUAAACUGCAUGAUCUUGACGCGCACGGAAAGGAGAUAGAUGACUUGGAUUUUAGUCCGGAUGGUAGUCUGUUGGUGAGCAUUGCUAAAGACGGAAAAGCUUUCCUGUGGAAUCUGAACGACGGUACGAAGAACAAAGAGCUCACUUGGACGUCACCGGAAGGAGCCAAGUAUAUAUACAAAAGAUGCCGAUUCAGGAAACUGACGGAGGACAAAACGAAGAUCGAUCUAUUCGUGCUUUCGAAUGCUGUCGCAGGAAAAAAUCCCAGUUUCCUGCAGUUGUGGGAUGCCCAUACUGGAACCGUCAUCAAAUCCGCUUCCUAUAAGGAAACGCUGUCAGCGCUAGCCGUGUCUGACGAUGGUAAAUUUGUGGCUGUCGGCACGAUGUUCUCGGGCAGUGUUGAUAUAUUCGUGGCAUUCAGCUUGAGAAAAGCGCUUCAUGUGCCUGGAGCACACAGCAUGUUUGUAACCGGUCUGGAAUUCUUGCCAACGAAAUUAGACGGUCCCGCGAUUACGAGUAACACAGAAACCGCGGUGGUCAGUAUCUCGGUGGACAACAGGAUCUGUAUACACAGCAUACCGUUUAGACAUACACUGCCAUUCUGGUUUGUCAUCAUACUGAUAGUCUUAUGUAUAUGCGGCGCGUUUAUCCUCUGCAGUUAUCUCGGUAUAUGACCCAUGAAAUGUGCGACUGAACCGAUGAAGCAGGACGUCGUCUUUUCAUAAUUACCGUAUUAGCUCGAUAAUUGUCUGCGCGAAUUAAAAGUACAUUCAACGCACGAUUUAUUCGUAAACAUGAUGAGAAUGCUCAAGAAUCUUAAUACACACAGACAAGUCGUUAGCUCAUCUGCUGACGGAUCUCGUCAACAACGUGCGAUAUUAUUAGCUUACGAAACAAAGUACACCCUAACUGUGAAUGUGCACAGCAUUAGACUAAGAGUAUUCUUGUUUCGUUUAGCGAUUAAAAUCGUCCGUUACCGUACAGUAGCUGAAUUCAUCAGAUACAGAUAGAUUUUCAGGAAGCGUUCGCACGAUUUAUAUAUAUAUAUAUAUAUAUAUACACACACAUAUAUAUAUAGACAUGACGUCAGUCGAGGUGCUACUGUGAUAAAUAAAUUAUGUUGGAGUGCUUCCAACAAAUAGGGUCCGCACCAAUAGCACAUUGAUGUACAUAUAGAUAUAUUAUGUUUUAUCAAUUUUUAGCGCGAAAGGAAGAGGAUACGACAGAGCGAUUUUUAAUCAAGAUCGUUCCUUUUCUCCAUGAAUACGCUUAAAUAAUUCUGUUUAUGGCAAGUAAUUCGAGAUUUGCAUUUCUCGUACUUAUGAUCAUAUCUUUCUUCUUUUGUAUUACAGAUGAAAAUACACAAUUCAUCGCAUUUAUAUGUGUUGUAUUACGUACACCUAAUAUAAUCUUUCCUGAUUGUAUCGUCCACCUGACUGUAUUUUUUUUUAUGUAACAUAGAGAGAUAACAAGAAUGAUAAAUACUUGAUGCUGUAUGAUUAACAAAUAGUUGUAUUUCGCAAAUUGAGCUUAUAAAUUAUUUAUUAGAGACUUUUUCUAAAGUUUCUUAAUUUAUUUUUACAAUAUGCGUAUAUUUUUAUCGUAUAGUAUAGUUAUUCUGACUAAUGAUGAAGAUUUAUUUGAAUAAGUAUAUAUGUAUAAUUUUUGCUCAUGCGCAAGAUUGUGCAAUGAAUUUGUAAGCGUCUCGACCCCUACUUCAUUAAUAAUAAAUGAUAAUAUAAUAAUA